UGCCGCAAACAGGUCACAAAAAAAACUCCCUGUAAUUGCGAAAAUAAAUAAUAAAUAAAGCGGAUAAUGGACGAGGUGGACAAGAUAAUCAUGCAUCAGCUGCACCAGGUAGAUGCAACCAUUGAGCCCACGGAGGAGCUGGACGGAUUCACGCCGGAACAGGUGGUGCGGGCCGUAUCCGGCUGUCUGGCGGAGAUUCGUCCGGAUUUGCAGCUUCCAAGGACUCUUCCCGGUGGAGCGAUGGCGCAGCGUUUCGGCGUGGCCAGCUCCCUCGCCCAGGGAUGCAAAGAUAGUGGCUAUCGUGGCGAUAUCGGCUAUCAGACCUUCUUGUAUCCCAAUGCCGUGGAGCUCCGGCGAUUGCUGAUGUUUCUCAUCGAGCAACUUCCGCGGGAGCGCCAAACGACAGACGAUGGAACCUCCGGCAAGGCGCAAUCCCUGAGCCACAGGCAACUUCUGCAGCGGCAAAUCCGGAAGGAGCUCACCCAGCAACUGAAAACGCCCUGGGUGCCACAAUUCGCCAGAUCGGUUGGCAAUCGCAAAUCUCUCGGUUGCAGCAGCCUGGGCAUCGAAUUCCGGCCAAACAUAAAUCUCAGCAUUCCGUCUGCCAAUCCCGAGGAGCGUACGAAGGAGCAGCAGCAGUAUUUCGACCAGCAGGCGCCCAAUCUCUUCCAGCAAACGGCUUCCAGUUCAGUUGAUCUCAUUGCCUCGGUGCUGCACAAGAACGAGCUGGACCGAUGGGGUCAGGUCUUGCCGGAUUCAGUGCUUCUCUUUGUGGGCAGCGAAGAACCAGAGGCACCUUUCAUUGUUACGUCUACGACCAAAUCACCUGCCAGCGCGGAGGAGGAGGUCUCUCCGCUUCAGGAGUUGAGCAACCAAGUCCAGGAGUUGCGUAUCCAAUGCGAGAACUUGCUAACCGAACGUAAAUCCCAUGCUGCGACUUUGGCAGCUCUUAAACUAAGGGAAACCAAAGCCACCGAGGAGAUCGGUCGCAUUCAACCCAUGCUGAAACUGAACGAACGCACCUCAUUAGUUCUGGCGGAUUCCGAGGAGAACCUGACCAAACUGGAGUCGCUACUAAAAACCACUCAAAGCAAAAGCCAGACCCUCACCCAGCAGUGGCAGGACUACAGGAAACCACUGCUGGAAACACUGGAGACACUUAAAACCGCCAAGGGAGCUCAGGAGGUUCAGGGCAUCCGAAACAGCAUCGAGGAAUUGGAGCAAGAACUUCAGGCCAAGACCCAACAGCACAACGAACUCAAUGCCACACUGCAAAGCGCCAGUCAGUCCCUGGCGCCUCGCAAGGAGUUCACCCGCAGGAUAUUCGAGUUCAUUGGGAAUAUCCGUAAGCAGCGGGGUGCAAUCUACAAAGUUCUGGAUGAUACGCGGCAAUUGCAGAAGCAACUCAAUGUGGUCGGUGCCCAGUUGCAGCGUCAGUUUAACUACACGGACGAUCUGCUCUUCCAGAGCGCCAAGCAUGAUCUCCACGCCAAGAGGGCCUACAAGCUGCUGGCCCAACUCCAUUCCAAUUGCAGUGAGUUGGUCGAGUGCGUCUCGCUGACGGGAAAUGUGACCAAACAGACCCGCGAGCUGGAAGUCCAAAUCGAUGGGGAGAAACUCAAAAACGUGCUGACCAAUCUCCAGAAAAUCACCGGCGACAUUCAGAAGUUCGAGCAGCACAUCCAGGAGCUACAAGGACAAAUCCGAGCCUUAGAGCACCCAAAUGCAGGAAGUUAGUUUCUCGUAAUCACUUGAAUACUGUGCCAAUCGCGGUUAAUGAACCCAUGCACGUCAAUCUUAUAUUUUAUUAGUCAAAGAAUGGACCUUAUAAGUGGUUGAGAUCCAAAUGAAAAUGAAAAUUAUGCAAAACUGGCUCUGUACCGAAAACGGGCUAAUGAGCACAAAAUGUUGAUUUCAUUUUUUCAACCGCAAUGUAUUUAUUGGUAAACCAAAACCUUAAAAAAACUCUUUGUUAAAUCAAUAUUUUAAAAGCUAAAAGCUUUAUUUGUAUGUAGUGGACCUAGAAUUUAAAUAUAUUUUUAUUUAAAGAUAUAUCUUGCA